GAAAGGAAAGGAAAGGAAAAUUAAUUGUCCUUUAUUUGCUUCAAAAUAUUAUAUGGGAAUUGAUUGGAAAUGAAAGGAAUUGGAUGGAAAGCUCCCUUAAUAAAAUAUACUCUCUCCUUUCCUCCCAAAAUUGGAGGAAUUUGACAGGAAAGAGAAAAUUAAAAUCUGUCAAAUUAUAAAAAUUCAUUUAUCUAAAUUUUUAUUCCCUCCAAUAUUAUAAUUUUCCCUCCCACGACUAAUAUUUCCCUCCAAUACACAAAAACCCUUGCCGUCAUACAAAUUAUAUAUAACCAUCAGCCACAAUUCUCUUUCUCACUACAAUCAAGCAUACCCCAAAUUACCCAAAGCUAUUUGAAAAUUUCAAGAAUUUAUUCACUAAUCAAGGUCUGUAGCAAAUCCUAGUUAACUAGAUGGACAUACCAUCAAAAAAGAAUGGAGGAGUCAUCAAAUGGACCGAAAUCAUGGAUGCACUGCUCAUCGAGUCACUACUUCACCAACAACAGAUUGGUAAUAGAAUUAAUGGUCAGUGGACUUCUUCAUCUUAUGAUUUCAUGGUCAAGGAAUUGCGUGAAAAGCUCAAGCUUCCACUACUUAAGAAAGAGCAUUUGCAGAAUCGCCAAAAGACUCUUAAGAAAAAUUUUAAUGAUGCACAUGAUAUGUUUAAGCAUUCCAGUGGCUUUGGAUGGGAUUCAGAGAGCAAGCUAUUUUUAGCAGAGCCUGAAGUAUGGAAAACCUUGAUUGAGACUAAACCUGAAGCCAAAAAAUGGAUGACAACACCUAUACCAUUUUACGACAAACUCAUGGACCUUUAUGCAAAAGAUAGGGCAAAUGGUGAAGGAUCCCUAACAGCAAAAGAGAGAGCACGCCAAAGGAGUGACAAUGGAAAAGAUUCCCCACCAAAUAACAUUGAAGCUAUCGAUGACCUAGUAAGCCAAAAUGAAAUAAUACUAGAGGAUUUUGGUUGUAAUAAUUCUCCAAUUAUGCAAAAAUUAGGAUCUUCAGGUGCUUCCAAAAAUGAGAGCAAGGGUGAGAGUUCAUCUAAAGGUAAGAAAAGAAAAGGAAGUCCAGAUGAUGACUAUGAGAUCCAAGUUUUAAAGGAAGGACUUGAUAGUGUUGCUGAAGCAAUAAGGGAAGGUAAUUCCAUUUUGAAGCAAAUUCGUCCACGGGUUUACUCAAGUGAUGAAAUAUUUGAGGAAAUUGUGAACUUGGGAGUUGAAGAAAGCAAGCAAUUUACAAGCUCCUUUCAUUCUUUCCCCUCUUUUCGAUCUUGCUUCAAUCUCCAUUAAACCCUAAGUUCUUCAA